UAUAUGCAGAUUUUUGGUACAAAUUUUGCACGAUGUCUUUUAUGCAAGAAAACAGUAAAUGAAAAUGUGUAUAAACAUGUUUUGGGUUUUCAACAUCAAUCAAAUUUAUUUGAUUCAGUAUAUAUUGAAAUGUUGAAUAGGUUUUAUGUCGGAUGGAGUGAACUUCCUAUCUCAUAUCGAGUAAAUGAAAUCUUUUUUCUACCCCACACUCAAGGGCAGACUAAAUGUUGUAUUUGUAAUGUAUUUAUUGGAUAUCGAGAACUAAUUAAUCACAUAAAUGGAAAGAGCCAUCAGAGCAAAAUUCCUGUUGAAUUUAUACAAUUAGAAUCAAAAGAUGGAAAAGAAAAUCCAGAUGUUAAGUGUGAUAUCUGCAAAGUUGUAGUUAACCGAAAGCAGCUUGAAGACCAUAAUAAUGGAAGAAAUCAUAAAAAUAAUUUAUCCGGCCAAUUGAAUCUGCAUCAAUCAAAUCAUGGAGAAAAGAAAUUAACAGAUAUUUUAGUUGAAUAUGAUGGAUGUAAAAUUGUUGUUUCACAAAAAGAAGAUUUAACCAAUAAUCUAAUUCCGUGCGAUAUCUGCAAUAUUUUAGUUUCACGAAAUAAACUAGAACAGCAUAAUAUUGAAAAAAGUCAUCAAAAAAAUGUCUCUCAAUUAAAUCCGAAUCAUUCAAAUUUAAUAAUAGAUAAAAUAACUGACAAUUCUGUUAAAUGUGAUAUCUGUAAUAUUGUAGUUUCACGAAAAGGCUUAGAAGAGCAUAAUAAUGGAAAAAAUCACAAAAAGAAUUUGUCAGGUCAGUUAGAUCAGCAUCAAUCAAAUCAGGGAGAAAAGAAAUUAACUGAUGUUUUGAUUGAAUGUGAUAUCUGCAAAGUUGUAGUUACCCGAAAAGAAAUAGAAGAGCACAAUAAUGGGAAAGACCAUCAAAAGAACUUAUCUGGUCAAUUUCAUCUCGAUCAAUUAAGUCAUGGAGGGAAGAAAUUAACUAGUAUUUCGAGUGAGUGUAAUGAUUGCAAUAUUGCAGUUUCUCGAAAAGAACUUGAAGAACACAAUAUUGUGCGAAAUGAUCAAAAGAAAUUAAAUCAAUCAAAUGUUGAAGGAGAAAAAUUGGCAGGUAAUUCAGUCAAGUGUGAUAUCUGUAAUAUUGUAGUUGAGCGAAAAGAAUUAGAGGAUCAUAAUAGUGGGAGAAAUCAUCAAAAGAAUUUAUACUUAUUAAAUUCGAUUAAUUCAAAUCUUGGUAUAGAAAACUUGAUAGAUAAUUCUUUUAAAUGUGAUAUCUGUAAUAUGGUGAUAUCAUGUUCAUCUAACAAUUUACAAAAAAAGUUAAUAGAGCAUAUUAAUGGAAAAAAUCAUCAAAAAAAUGUACAUCAAAUGAAUUUUAAUAAACCUGUGGAUACUGAUAGGUGUGGAGUUGUUUCACAAAAAGAGCUAGAAGAACAGAAAAACGGAAAAACCCACCAAUUGAAUUUACAACAAUUAAAUCUAAAUCAAACAAAUCUUCCAGUGCAAGAAAUGAUCGAUAAGUUUGUUCAGUGUGAUAUCUGCAAUAUUAUAGUCGGGCGAAAAGUGCUCGAGGAGCAUAAUAAUGGGAGAAAUCAUCAAAAGAAUUUAAAACAAUUAAAUAUAAAACAACAAAGUCUUGUAGUAGAAAAAUUGAACGAUAAUUUAGUUAAAUGUGAUAUCUGCAACGUUGUAGUUGGGCGAAAAGAGUUAGAGGAGCAUAAUAAUGGGAGAAAUCAUAAAACGAAUUUAAAACAAUUAAAUAUGAAUCAACCAAAUCUUGCUGUAGAAAAAUUGAACGAUAAUUUAGUUAAGUGUAAAAUCUGCGAUAUUGAAGUUGGACAAAAAAACCUAGAGGAGCAUAAUAAUGGGAGAAACCAUAAAACGAAUUUAAAACAAUUUAAGUGUGAUAUCUGCGGUAUUAAACUUUCACGUCAAGAUCUUAAAGCGCAUAAUAAUGGGAGAAAACAUCAAAAGAAUUUAAAACAAUUAAAUAUGAACCAAGAAAGUCUUGUAGUAGAAAAAUUGAACGAUAAUUCAGUUAAGUGUGAUAGCUGCAACGUUGUAGUUGGGCGAAAAGAAUUAGAGCAGCAUAAUAAUGGGAGAAACCAUAAAAUGAAUUUAAUAAAAUUAUAUAUGAAUCAACAAAAUCUUGCUGUAGAAAAAUUGAACGAUAAUUUAGUAAAGUGUAAAAUCUGCGAUAUUGAAGUUGGAAUAAAAAACCUAAAGGAGCAUAAUAAUGGGAUAAACCAUAAAACGAAUUUAAAACAAUUAAAUAUGAACCAAGAAAGUCUUGUAGUAGAAAAAUUGAACGAUAAUUUAGUAAAGUGUAAAAUCUGCGAUAUUGAAGUUGGAAUAAAAAACCUAAAGGAGCAUAAUAAUGGGAUAAACCAUAAAACGAAUUUAAAACAAUUAAAUAUGAACCAAGAAAGUCUUGUAGUAGAAAAAUUGAACGAUAAUUUAGUAAAGUGUAAAAUCUGCGAUAUUGAAGUUGGAAUAAAAAACCUAAAGGAGCAUAAUAAUGGGAUAAACCAUAAAACGAAUUUAAAACAAUUAAAUAUGAACCAAGAAAGUCUUGUAGUAGAAAAAUUGAACGAUAAUUUAGUAAAAUGUAAAAUCUGCGAUAUUGAAGUUGGAAUAAAAAACCUAAAGGAGCAUAAUAAUGGGAUAAACCAUAAAACGAAUUUAAUACUAUUGAACAAUAAUUUAGUUAAGUGUGAUAUCUGCGAUAUUAAACUUUCACGUCAAGAUCUUAAAGGGCAUAAUAAUGGGAAAAAACAUCAAAAGAAUUUGUCCAAAUUAAAUCCUAGAGAAUCAGAUCAUGCAAAAGAAAAAUCUCAAAAAAAGUGUAUUCCGGAUUUUAAAUUUGCUUUGCUUACAUACUACCCAGUACAUUUAUUACAAAAAAUGCGUAAAUAUGAAGGUAAAAUUUAUCGAAAUAUACAAAUGAUAAGUGAAUCGAAUUAUCGAUGUCUAUUAUGUAAAAUGUUCGUGGAUAAUUUAGAUGAACAUAUCUCAAAAUCUGAUCAUUUAAAAUUGUUAUCCGAAAAAGAUUUGAUAUUAUCUGUGAACAAAUUUCAUAAUUCAUGGGCAAGUAUUGAUAACUGUUUACAAUUUCAACAGAGAUAUUUUUUUCCAGCCAGUGAAACAAUGAUAUCUUGUAUCUUAUGUGCAGAGAAUAUCAGUUACAGCAAACUUGUCGCUCAUUUACAAUUUCCGGAGCAUAGUUUAAAUGGAUUGGAAAUAUCUGAUUCAGUUACAUCAUUUAAUUUAAGUAAUAAUACAAUAAAUUUAAUAAAUCAAACUAAUGAAACGGUAAAUACAAGUACUGAAUCAAUAACUUUAAAAAAUCAAACUCAUGAAACGGUAAAUUCAAGUAUCAAAUCGAUGAACUUAAUUAAUAAAACUAAUGAAACGCUAAAUUCAAGUACCGAAUCGAUAAACUUAAUAAACCAAACUAAUGAAACGCUAAAUUCAAGUACCACGGCGGUAAAUGUAAUAAAUCAAAUUAAAGAAACGCUAAAUUCAAGUACCAAGGCGGUAAAUGUAAUAAAUCAAACUAAUGAAACGCUAAAUUCAAGUACUGAAUCGAUAAACUUAAUAAAUCAAAUUAAUGAAACGCUAAAUUCAAGUACUGAAUCGAUAAACUUAAUAAACCAAACUAAUGAAACGGUAAAUUCAAGUACCAAGGCGAUAAAUGUAAUAAAUCAAACUAAUGAUAUGCUAAAUUCAAGUACUGAAUCGAUAAACUUAAUAAACCAAACUAAUGAAACGCUAAAUUCAAGUACCGAAUCGAUAAACUUAAUAAGCCAAACUGAUGAAACGGUAAAUUCAAGUACCAAGGCGGUAAAUGUAAUAAAUCAAACUAAUGAAACGCUAAAUUCAAGUACUGAAUCGAUAAACUUAAUAAACCAAAUUAAUGAAACGCUAAAUUCAAGUACUGAAUCGAUAAACUUAAUAAACCAAACUAAUGAAACGGUAAAUUCAAGUGCCAAGGCUGUAAAUGUAAUAAAUCAAACUAAUGAAACGCUAAAUUCAAGUACUGAAUCGAUAAACUUAAUAAACCAAAUUAAUGAAACGCUAAAUUCAAGUACCACGGCGGUAAAUGUAAUAAACCAAACUAAUGAAACGGUAAAUUCAAGUACCAAGGCUGUAAAUGUAAUAAAUCAAACUAAUGAAACGCUAAAUUCAAAUACUAAAUCAAUAAAUUUAAUAAUUAAUCAAACUAAAAGAACGCUAAAUUCAAGUACCAAAUCGACAAAUUUAAGUUUUAAUUUAGGUGCAGAUAAUGAAUCAGAUUCGAGUGAAUAUUUUACUGUGAGUGAUGAAAGUGAUACUGAGUCUCAGGAAGUGGAUAAUUCAUCUUAGUAUUUAACUAUUAGUAUCGCUAUGCUACAAUGGAGUAAAGAAAACAAGGUUAUUUUCGGUGCACACAAAGACAUAAAGUGAAUAGAUAAUAUUGGAUACGAUGAAAAAUCAAAAUGUUGCUUGACGUACCGAUAAAUACAUCCAAGAACUUAGUAUAUGUCAAAAAUAGUCCAAUGUUAUAUCAUUACGAUGUGAUUAUAGAAUUACUAAGAUAUUUAAGGUAGAAUGUCUGUAAACCUACUUUUUUACAGAAUAAAAUAAAAUUUUGAAGAAUAACCGCCCUCUGCAGAAUUGCUACGUUUAAAUUAUUUGCCUGUCUUUAAAAAAGAUAUUCGCCAUCAAAGUUGAACCUUUUUGCCUGGGUUAAAUGUACCAGUUGAUUAAACCUGUCACAUUGUAAAUCAUAACUUACAAAUACUCCAAUCAUCUUAGGGUUUCACCUCGGAAUCUAACGGAAUAAGCUAAUUUUUUGUACAAACCUUUAUUUUGAUAGUACAAAUGUUGUCUCAAAAAUCACAAUUGAUAACGCCUUCGCGUCGUUAGAUAUUCAAGGUCAAAGGUAUCGAAAAUCAGUUUUUUGUUAAUAUCUCAUUUCUUUUGCGUUCAAUCGUAUUAGCAUUUAUUAUAAAAGUUGUAGAGGAUAACAUUUUCUACAAAUUUUGUCUGAAACUUUUUUUUUGUAUGUUGAACCGUUUUUGCAAUAGAGGGCGCAGAAGGUGUUGCGCUAACCUUAACGAACUUUAAUUCUGGGUCAAUAUUUACAAAUAUAAGAUAUUAAAUAAUCAUUUAAGUAAUAUUUAAUGAAUGAUUAUGGACAAAAACCGCAUAAUAGACUGGGAUUCACGAUUGACCUUAUCUAUUAUACAGUUUUUCACUUAAUUAUCGAUUAAUUAUUACUUAAAUAAUUUUUUAAUACCAUAUAUUUAUAAAUAUUGACCCUGCACUAAGGUACGUAUAGCUCAGUGCUCUAUCUUCUGCUUCCACUAUUUCAAAAACGGUCCAACGUAUAAAAAAAGCUUUCAGACAAACAUUAUCUCAGCGAUACGUACCUUAGUGCAGGGUCACUUAUUUUGACUAAGAUGAUCGGGUUAAAAUUUGUUUACAGAUAUUUUUUCAAAAACAACUUAUUUUAUUCGUAAUUUAUUCGCGGCUCCAAAAUAUUGAAUUGACCUCUACUGAUUUAAAUAUGAAAUAGGAGAGAUGGGUAUAAAGUGUAGAUAUUAUCUUAGAACAUAUAAUUAAAUGAUAUAAAAAGGGAGUUUUUACUAAUUGACUUUUCGAACUAGAGUUAUGAUUAAUCUCCGUAUACUCGCGCGUUGGUCUCUCACAGACUGUCAACACUGUGAUUUUGCGAUUUUUAAUAGCUUCUUCAUUUGUUUUUCACCAUUAUUUAGUGCGAUGCAAGCGCUGGAGUCGGGUGGACGUGUGUUACUGUUAACGGUCCGUGAGACCGCCGCAUGGCCGCGAGUAUACGUGAUACCAUUUUAGGGUAUACGUGAUACCGUUUAAUUACUGAUUAAUACUAUUUUGUGCUAUUUUAUUAUUUUUGUUACUUCCAUUUAUUAUUUGCACUAGAGUGAUACU